GCUGGACAUACCAGUGUAAAGUGCAAGUUGCACAGAAAAGUGAGGCCAGGAUCGAGGAGAUCAAGAAGACAAGUUGAAAAGGCAGCUCUGUGGGCUAAGACAGGAUGGUUGUGUGUACCAAGCUUGUGCAAUGGCUGACCUUGGCUAGCCUCAUCCUAGGAGUCUGGAGUGCCCUCCUCACUAGGACUCUCCCCAUCUCAUCAGAGCUCUAUGAAGCUAUAGUUCCUCUUCCCGUCUACUUGAUUAUGUGCUUUGGGUGUUACUCUUUGUUUACGAUCGGAUAUCGAUUGAUGAGCUUCAACGAUUGCAACGAUGCAGCCAGUGAACUAAUGGGGGAAAUAAAAGAAGCAAGGAGAGACUUAACUAGUAAAGGGAUAAAACUAUGAACUCUAGUCUCCAUGUACCGAAAGAUAUCCAUUCAUGUGUGUGUACAUUCACAUUGUUGUAAUUCCUCUGCUCUGGUAUGACCUUUUCAUGUAUGGGA